AUGAAGCUCUCUCACUCCGCCCUCCUAUUAUUAUUUGGAGUUUAACUGGUCACCGCAUCAUAAAAUAGACUGCAAAAGAUGAUUAGAUCCUUACCACAAGCAAAACAAGUUACCUAGUCAUGUACCACAGCUAUUGAUAGGUUCAAGGCUGCUCUUCCUGACUAUAAAACCAUUGUGCAGUCAUCAUCAAAUUUUUGGAGCGAUGGCCAGUUCCCAGCUGAUGGGUCAUCAAUCUAAUGGACUGGCACUAAGUAUUCAAGCAAUGGGCUCAUAAGUUACGCUGGAAACAAAUGGGAGAGAUUGAACAAUCUCUGUCCCGAGUGCACACUCUUUGGUACCUCAGACUAUUUAAAUGAUAUCACUCAAGGCGGGCUCGGUGACUGUUACUACUUAGCGGGCAUUUCUGCUGUUGCUGAGAUAAACUCAAGAUUUGAAAAAGUAUUUGUCAAUCCUCAAGUUAACUGGGCUGGUCUCUAUGCAUUCAAUGUAUACAUCAGAGGUAUCCCUCAUGUGAUGGUAGUUGAUGACUCUAUCCCAGCUGGACAAUACGGAAAGAAACCAGUUUUUGCUGGGUUAGGUGGUGACAACUCUAUUUGGGGACCACUUCUUGAAAAAGCUUGGGCCAAGGCAAACACUAACUAUGAAUAGAUUAUUGGCGGUUAACCAUUUGAAGCCUUUAGUUUCUUAGCCAGUGUUCCUAACAAUAAUUUUAAGAUAGCAUCAUUAAAUGCUACUUCUAUCUGGACCAAAGUUAGCCAGGCUGACGGUAAAAACUGGAUAAUGUCCAUAAGCACUCCUUCAGCACCAAAUGGUGAUAAAGAUAAGUGCAAAUUCAAUCUUGCUUGCGCUCAUGCUUAUUCCUUACUUGCUGUAUCCACUGUUUACAACGCCGAUAGAACCUAAUCUAUCAACUUGUUCAAGAUUAGAAAUCCAUGGAGAAAGGAUGCUGAUUACUCAGGCUCUUAUGCAGAUGGCUCAUCUCUUUGGCUAUCUGCAGGAGCUGAUGGCAAAACCUAUGCCCAACAAGUUGGACUCGUCAUUGCUGAUGAUGGAGUCUUCUAUAUGACAUCAGAAGAAGUUUUACAAAGUUUUGAUGAUCUAAAUAUCGGAUAAUACACAGAGAACUUUGUUACAUCUUGGUACGACAAGAGAGAUGACUAGGUAGCUAAUGAGAAUACACCAGCUAUCUAUAAAUUCACCCUCAAUGAACCAACACCAAUGUACAUAAGAUCCACAUUAUAUUCAAAAAGAAUGUAUCCAAUCUCAUGUAAACCUGAUCAAGCUAACAUAAAACUUAUACUUGAGGAUGCCUUUGGUAAAUAAUUAAAUUACUACUGGUCAAAUGAACAAUCCUACUCAUACAUUAACUUAGUUGAUGCACCAUUAAAUGUUGGAACCUAUACUUUGAAAUUCUAUCCUCAGUGGACAGCCGUUGACGUUAAAGAUUAUGGAAUUGUCAUUGAUGCUCCAAGAGACAUUGUAAUUACUGAUGUUAAUGGUUAAGCUAGCAGACUUACAGCUCAUGAUUUCAGUAACAAGGAGUUGAAGGCAAUCGUUGCUCAAGCACCUAAGCCAGAAAAACCAAAGCUACCAGAUAUUUCACAAACUGGGGCUGCUUAUGAUUUGACAGGAAAUCUUGAUUAAGAUAUUUUGAAGAUUAGAUACUCAUCAUCUCUUCCUAUCACUAACUAAAGGAAAGGAACAUAUCUAACUGGAUCUUCAUCAACUCUUAUCGGAGGAGUUAGAUACGGUCUAGCUAUGUUUAUGGGAACAUUAAGAGAAGAUAUCACAUACACUUCAACUUUGACUGUUACUACCAAGCCUGGUCACAUCUUUAAAUUCUCUCCAGGAAACGAUAAAUGUACAGUUACAAAUAACGGUGAUGAUGAGAUUAAAUGUACUUGCCUAAUAAAGCCAGACACAUAUCCAAAAGAAUGCUUACUCGUUGUUAUAACAAAGGAAGGAGAAGGAUAUUCGAAUUCAUAUUCAGCCUCAGCAAAAUCAUCUUGA